CCGGGACAGUGAGACGGCACUCUCCGGGACGCCAAAACGACAACAACGGACGCGACGCUGGAGCCGCGCUUCCGCCAGCCGCUCGCGGUAAAAUCGUCCAGUGCUACACUGCACGGGAGAUGUCAGGUUGGAAGAAUCGUGCUCCUCUGGUACGCUGAUAAGCGCACCCACGGGACUUUCAUGUCUGGCUUGUCCCGUCGUCAUAGCUGGAUUGGCUCGAUAUCCGAGCUGCAUUUGCGGCUAAACUGCGAUUCCCAAACCUCGCAGCGGCAGAGGGUCAGUGCGAUUCGCUGCCCUUGUACUCCGUACCGUACCCCGAACAAUAUGUCUGAUACUUGCAUUGUCCGGAAAUCUUUGGUGGCGGAUUUUGACUCAUUAAAUAGACUUUAUCCUGCCCGCGCGCUUGGCUUUGGAUGGGAGGGAGGAGGAGCGAGAGAGGACGGCAAGAGCUGCCACAAUCGCCCAAGAUCGUUUCCAGGGGCCCGGCCGAGAAGAUGCGGCCCUGUGGCGGAGACCACGUGGCUUGACGCUCCAAUGCACGAUCACUCGCUUUGUCAGGGCAACAUAGCCCAUGCUCGGGGUGACGGCAAGGCGAUGAAAGUACGGCACGGCAUUUUGGGGCCUCUCUUCCGCCGAAAACUGUUGACCUUGCCGUUGCUGUUUCUCGGGACCGCCGUUCAUCCGCCGUCGCCACGUGACAACGGCGUGACGUUCGACGGCAUUUCCCCCAAUACUGCCGUCUCGUCUCACUCGCUGCCGCUUCCCAGCGCCAGCCAGAACGAAAAGGAAGGCGAAUACCCCGCCUGUCGGAUCGGCAGUCUCCCUUCGACGAGGUGAUGAGGCGCUAGGUGGGAGGGGGGGGGGGCGGGGAAGGAGAGAGAGGAAGAACAACACUCCGUCCAGCCGCCGACUCUUUCUCGGUUCCGAACUCUUGCCUGCGUUCGGUUUGACGGCGUUGGCGGCUGGGCUCUUGGUCUCGGCAAGGCACAGGAAAAUUGGAGAUCACGGGCCG